AUGGCCACAGAGACUGCGCAAAAGACGUUUGAUAUUCCGUCGAAGUAUCAAGCAAUCGUUUACGAUAAACCGGGGUCUAUCUCCACGAAAAUUGAGGAACAUGACACUCCUGACCCAGGACCGGGAGAGGUGCUCGUUCGGCUAACGCAUACCGGUGUCUGCCACAGUGAUAUGGGGAUUAUGUCAAACAGCUGGCGCGGAUUGCCGCCUACGCCAGCAGGCCAGGUUGGAGGGCACGAGGGAGUUGGAAUUGUCCAUAAACUAGGACCUGGGGGCGAACAUGGCCGAGUUAAAGUUGGCGAUCGCGUAGGCAUCAAGUGGAUUGCCUCUGCCUGUGGUGCAUGCCCGCCUUGCCUCGUGGGAAAAGACGGUAUUUGCUUUAACCAGAAGAUAUCAGGCUACUUUUACCCGGGGACAUUCCAGCAAUACGCACUUGCUCCUGCUAAUUACGUUACGCCAAUUCCUGAGGCCGUGAGCUCUGAACAAGCCGCCCCGAUGUUAUGUGCCGGAGUUACGGUGUACUCGGCGUUGAUGAAAUCAGACGCAAAAUGCGGUCAAUGGGUGGUAAUUGCCGGCGCUGGUGGAGGACUUGGUCAUAUCGCCACACAGAUCGCAGCUCGAGGGAUGGCCCUAAGAGUAAUAGGAAUUGAUCACGGUAGCAAAGAAGAGUUUGUUAAGUCGUGUGGGGCAGAGGUAUUCAUCGAUAUUACUAAAUUUGACGACACGACAAUCGUCGAAGAGGUCAAAAAGGUCACGGGCGGACUUGGAGCCCAGGCAGUAAUUGCGUGCACCGCAUCAAACAAAGCUUAUGCACAAUCUCUUGCCUUUCUGAGAUUUGGAGGAACGCUUGUUUGUGUUGGGUUACCAGAAGGAGACCCUCAGCCCAUUGCUAAGGCUUUCCCAGCGGGACUGGAAACAAAGGAGAUUACUAUCAAGGGCUCAGCUGUUGGUAACCAGCGUGAAGCCCUCGAGGUGCUCGAUCUUGUGGCCCGAGGAAUCGUGAAGUCACAUGUCAGGGUUGAGAAGAUGGACAAGCUGACAGAUGUAUUCGAGGAGAUGGCUACCGGCCAGAUGCAAGGUAGAGUAGUCAUCGAUUUGCAAUGA